AUGCAGUCCGGCUUUUUUCUCUCUUUCCUGCUCACCGCCUGCGGAGCUGCCGUCGAUGAUAGCUGUCCGCCUGCCACGAUCGCAAAGCUCAGCGACUUGUACGCUGACCCGCACCUGCAUUCGUGCCAGAAAGUCAUCUCCGAGACUUCACCCACAAGCGACGAUACGAAAAAGCAAGUUGAGACCAUGUGUACUUCCGACGAAUGCCGCACGCUGAUUGCAGACAUCCUCACGUUCAAACAUGCUGACUGCAACCUGACGUACGUCGGUGUUGAGUUCGACGUGCGCGAACUUGCCGACCGAUUUGACCAUGCAUGCCAGAAUGGUACGGACGAGAGCCGUGACACGAAGAAGUAUGCGCUCCCUCCAACGACGACAAAGAACGACACAAUGGACCACGGCGGACGGGAUGAAUCGGUUCAAAACGCGGAUGAUAACGACACGCACGUUGCGGCAACCGAAAUCGAGAACGACGACAGCGAGAUGAAGCCCCCGCUAAACGCCACGGCGAAAGAGUUUUUCCCGACGCCCAACACCACAUACAAGGCAACAGUCCCAAAAACCGUAAACUAG